CGUCUGCAUUAAAGGCCAAGUGACAGCUCGAACUAUAUUGUUGACAUUCGUAUGAAAAUUACGCUACCGCGUCGUACUCACGAAAAAUGUAAUUUUAUAUACUAUUAAGAUCGAGAUAUACAAGUGGACUUUCUCUUUUUUUUCAUUGAUAUAAAAACUUUAAUUAAACGAUAUCGGUGAAUUGUGUAUACAUAAGAAGGAAACUCCGAAUUAAAUGAUAAUCGGUGUUUGAGGAAUAUAAUUACAUUGGGCUAAUAGAUUUGAAGCGCUUAGCGAUUACGAUUAAAGUGGUACCUAUAAACCCUUCGAGCUGUUCCAUAUUGAUUAGUAUCUUUUAGUAGUUCUAACAAUGACUGCUUAUUGGAAAACUCUGUUCAAGCACCGUCGUAAACGUUGUUCUCAGUAGUACGUUCUCGACAGUGAACGAUAAAGUGCGUGCGUAAAAGUGAAUCAAUCCGUAUGGUAUUACGCGCAGUUACUACGGCGUCACUUUCUAAAAAGAAAAUAUUAAUUUUUUUUAUUGAUAAUCAAUUUUUUAAUGGUCUUGAUGUAUAUUGAUAAAUCCGUGUAAAAAAAGUCAAACAUAGCGCGCAGAAAAUUCACGACAGGGUGAAACCUACGUUUAACGUAAAAGCGUUGCCAUUAAGGGUGUCCAUGGUGUUUUUGCAUCCGAUUUCACGCCCCUCUCGUGACAUAGGAAAAUAGAAAUUGACGAUCGUUUCCGCGAAUUAGGAUUAUCGUUGGUGACUGGUUCAGCGAUUGAUCUGUUCGGUAUUUCAUUAAAGAUUCGAGGUCCAGUGAGGGAGAAUCGAUCAGUGGCCCCGGGUGUAUGUGGUAACGGAAACAACGCGAUCGAUUCGAAUCGGUGAAAUUGUAAAAACGUGGUGAAACGAACAAAGAGAAAGACGGUUUCGGAAUGACCUGUGGCGGUGGCAAGAUCUCGUUAGAAAUAUCGGGUGGGGAGGAGGAGGCAUGGAAGCUGAAGCUGGUCGGCAGUCUCACCAUCAGGGGCUGCAGCUUACCCUGCCAUCCCCGGGAAUCCCCGGACUAGACGUUGUCAGGGCCUUGCAUCAGACUGUGAUAUCGCUGCGCUCCGCGCUGGAUUCUUCGCGGGAAGAGCUUCGCCGUCUUAAGCAGAGCGUUGGUGAUUUUUCUGGCGAGAGCUACGUUGACGUCGUCGAGAGGCUCGCUCUUGAGAAUCACGUCCUUAGGCGAAAGAUUCUAAGCAGGAAUAGUGAGUUUUCUAGUGAUGCUGCCACAAGCCCGCCGCCCCAGGCCCGUCUUUUUUCACUCGCAGUAGAAGACGUCAAAGAUCUGUCAGAGCAAGCAGGCGUACUCAUGGACGCGUCCAGGGACAAAGUCGACACGAAGGACAUGGCAGAGGCACCUAAGCCGGUCAUCGAGCCUCGUGCCGAUAGCAACACCAGUGGUAACGGCGAGAUUCCCGAUCUGCAGUCUCGUACAGUCGAGAAAGUGCCUAACAGUCAUGUAGAAUCCUCGUCCAAAUCGGAAUCCAGGAGUCAGACGUCGAAGUGUACGAUGUCGAGAGACGCGACUGUUGUUAAAUCUCAGGCUGGAAUAUCUGGUGUCAGUUUGGACGAUACGGUGAAGAGUGGGACUUCGAACGACCUGGCUUCCGCCUUGACGAAUAGACGAUCCAAGGACGUCGAGGCGGAGGAUGGGAACGCGGCGCAGGUCGAUCACUUGGAGGUGCCAGAGAAGGAUCUCGAGGAUCUGAGCUUGAAAUCUGUUUCCGACGGAGACAAUUCGGUGUUCAGCGAUAAUCCGGACACGCAAGUGUUGCAGCAACAUCAACGCCAGAAUCAAUUGGCCGACCAGCCGAAGCCGAACGAUCAAUCCGAGAACGAGUCCGAGGAGUUGGACGAUAUCGAGCUGAUAUUCACCACGGACGAAACUUGUCGCGAUCUUGGUCUUCAGGAAGAUCUGGUCUCCAUAACCGAGACCGAAACUUGGCCACAGUCUGCGCCUACUGGUCAACCGGCGUUGUCGAAGUACGCUAAAUCAGCCGAGGGCGAGUCCUUGGUGUGCAACGGUGAGAAGACCAGCUCCGUCGAGGAAGCGGUUUCUUCGCAAAGCUCGAGCAUCGAUCGCGAGGAAAGCGUGGAUAGGUUCGACGAAAGUUCCAGCACCAGGUUGAACAAAAUAUGGUCUCAGUGUUCGGUGCUGGUCGAAACAGAUAUCAGCAAGUGUGGAGUUGUCGAAGAACCUGAGCAUGCUACCAGACAAGCGGUCAGAAGGAACACUUUAGCCGCGCCACCUACUGCAUACAGACCGAUCAUUCAUCGUGAAGCUUUAGCGGGUAGUCGACGAAAGAGCGCGGCACCAUUGAGACCGGUGAUGGACAGAAUCAGCGGAGCAAGACGAGAGUCUGGUGCCCAAACUGACAUUUCUGCGCUUCCAGCCCACUGGCGUUCCGAGAGUUAUCUCGCGCACAAAGUGGCCCAUACGUUCACCACGUUGCCCAGCAAGUUCGCUCUGCCUACCGGGGUGCCUGGAAGACUUCGAUUGUCCGACAAAACCCGGGAAGCUAGAAGAGUAAUGCUAUCGGACAUCAGCUUCACUAGCAUGGUGCCAGAGUUGUCCAGAAGCGCCGAUCAUCUCUGCCACGACCCACACGCACAGACUUGUUUCAGUUCUCGCGGCUGUGGCCUUCGAACACCGGACGUGCAUCGCCGCGAAUCGCUCGGCUCUCCUGCGGGAUUUUGGCCUCGUUGCAACCCCAGCACAGGACUUCCGAGUCCGUGCGAUUGCCGCCUCUCCACCGACUUUUACUCCUCUCGAUAUCGUGGCUCUUUGUCUUCGAUCCCGUCGCCUGGAUUGGAGGUUGUCGGUGGCCCGUCUCGAAGACACUCGUGGAGAGCAACCGCGACGUCCUUCGAUACCUGGAGAGUUCCGGCGGCCACUUCUACCCCCAGACCAACCUGGUCCUCUAUGCCCUCUUCGCCUACACACGUGCACCCUCCUGCGACGUCCUCGAAAGCUUCCAAGAGCGUUCCAAAGAGGACGCGAUCGAAGGUCACUUUCCAAGAAUGCCCGAUGACGCGAGGCAGUUUGCCAAAUCUGCGCUCGGAUUUGGUGACCGGCGAUAACAGCGGCGAUUCCACCGAAUCGUUGAUCGACGAGGCUGAGGAUUAUUUACGACGGAGCAUCGACUCGAUGCUGACGAUCUCCAGUAGCGGCGUCAGUUCCGACUAUUGGAACCGACAGACAGCCAGGCGGAGACGUACGCGGCGAUACUCCGAGCCUGAUCUAAUCCGUGAUUGGCAUCCCCCGCAGGAUGCUAGACCGUACCUGCCAAAGAUACCAAGAGAUCUCAAGCUGGAUCAUCUCGUGAAGGUUAUAUCGCCGGAGGGUAAAGUUCUUCAAGGACGAGUGAGAUACGUCGGACCUGUGCCAAGUCGAGAGGAAACUCACGUGGGUGUGGAGUUACCCUAUUUGAAUGGCUCCUCCGACGGCACUUUUCACGGCAGAAGAUUCUUCGAUUGCGAUCCCGGCCGUGCAAUCUUCGUCCCCUUCAAGAAAGUGAUCCUGGCCUGGUGCACUACUUGACCCGAACCGCCGACCAGCCUCACGACUCCCCGAAUUUUGCUGUCUCAGUACACCAUGUGAAUGGAAGAAGAAACCGACGAAACACGUACGUACGCGCGAUCUCUGAUGGUUUCAACAAGUACGUGACGCUCCUUUCCGUCGUGAUCGUCCACGAAGCUUCACUUAACGUACAAAAGCGGACAAGGGUAAGUUCACGUGAGAAGGAGACGCUUCGAAAGCUUCGCGAAGGGCGGUCGAUACGGCCGACGUACGUCGCAAACUCCAAACAACGAUCGAAAUUCGAAUCGUGUAUUUCGUCGAUUUUAAGUUGAUUCGUGCGAAAUUCCAUCCGAAUUCCUUCUUUUCUCCGAUCGUGCGAAGUACGUUCGAUCGCAUCGGCGAACGGACCUGGUUCCCUCGCCGGUACCUUAAGACGGAGAAAGGCGUUUCCAUCGAUGAUCGAUGGUCGUUCGCGUUGGCGUAACCACGAAGACACGAGACGAGUUUGCGUUCUUUGAAAUUCGAAAACGAAGAGUCGAUGGGAACGACAGAUGAAAUAAUAAUAAACGACGAAUGCCAGCGUGCAACGAUCUUCAUCGACGCGUGUACUUAGGAGAUGUUCUAGAUAUCUCGUUGUCGAUCUCUGCGAACGAUUUCCGCCUGAAAAUCGGUGAAUCAGUAUUAUAAUUGUCGCGCGGGCCUGUAUGUUACAAACCUUGUGUAUCGUCGAACAGACGCGCAAGAAGAUAAUCGCAUCGAUGGAUCUCUCGCGAUACUUCGCAUCGAUCGAUCCGUUCGUCAACGAUUCGAACUGAUAGCAAAGGGAGCGAUAGAGCGAGAGGAACAAGUUCUUAAGAGAAUAUUUAGAUUUAGCAAGAUUCGUCGUAAUACUAAUCUCUCGUCGUCGUAAUCGCAAUGAAGGACUCGUUAUUGUCAUUUACGAUCCUGUUUACCUGUUUCGCUUUAUCGUUUUUUCUUCUUCUUGAACGAAUGCACGUACACUUUGCAGCGUAUGCGAUACGUUGGAAAGGAAAGAGAGGAAAAACGCGUAUCCAAAGGAGAACACGUAGCACGAGUACGCUAGACAAAUACGAGACUAUUUUUAUAAUACUCUUUGAGAUCGUAAGAUUUUAAUUGAAGAAAAGAAAUUUGUCGGAAGCGUUUUUUAAUUGUAGUUGUAGACUCGUCGUUAAUACCACAUCGAUAAAGGGAAUACGUUUCUUUUAGGCUCGAACGAAACGACAGAAACGGUAUAUAGGAAAAUAAAGGAGAAUAUUUCAUAAUUGAUCGUUAGUUUCUUAAAUUUAGGUUCGCGAUGUUUAACGGUCAACGAAAAUAAGUAAAUAAGCGGAUAAUUAAGGAGAUAUUUUGACCGGGAUAAUCGAUGAAAUUGUUUUCUACGGGAAAACUGGAAACGUUGUGAACUCGGACCGUUCGAUACGCGGCAGUCUACUUUCUGCAUUCGAUCGAUAUCGCGUAAAUGAUUCUUCAAGUCGUGUCGACUGCUUUUGCAUCAAUUUUCUGAUAAUUUUACGGAUAAACGCGAGAUCGUGUUCGUACCUUUAUCAAUGUAUUUUUGCUUAAUCUUUUGCUCGAAAUUUAGAGCAGAAACUCGAUUGUCUCUUAGACGAUUAAAAUUAGAGGAAAGCUCGUAAAAGUUCGUCCAAGGCAGAACGAAUUGCUGGAAUUUUUCUUAGAAGGACGAUCAAGCAAUUACGAAGGAUUCUCGCGAGAAAGUUCGAUACAACAGAUUCUUCUACAUUUUAUAUACACGUUACGUUCGAUACUUAACGUUUACAGAGUUUCCCGUAACAGGCGAGAAGAAGGUGACGUGUGUCUGAGAAAAGAAAUCGAAAGGCUCGGAAUUCUUCUUU